AUGUAGCCCAUAAUAAUUUCUCCAGGAAGCUGACUCACGUGACCCUGCGGUUACCAUAGUAGCCUCCAAACACUACAGCUACAACUAUCGUGGUGUUUCUGCGUUUUCCCUGUUAUGUUCCCUGUGUGGGUUAGUUAAGAGUUCAACUAACUAAAUUAGCUUCUUACAUUAGAUGCCACAUAGCUAGGUUAGCAUUUAGUCCAAAUUAGCAAUGUCAGAGGCGGAGGUUGAGCGCGAUACCGCCGAUGUGUCCGGUACCACUAUGGAGACAGAUGAAAACCCAAAGGUGCCAAACCCAGACGAGGCCGCGACCGAAAGCGUUACUCCGACACAAAGUGUGCUUGAGGAGGAUGACGGAAUCCAGACAGCCGUCCAACAGACCCAGGUGGAUAUCUGCUCAGAUCAGGAAAUAGAGCCGAGUUCACCAUCUCAGACAGUGGGACAGGACAGAGUCAGUCCUCAUGAACAAGAAAGAAUCAACGCUGCUGAUGUGGGAAACUCAACAGCUACAGUUAAAAUCUUACUUAUGCCAGAGGGACACAUGAUGACUGUGGCUUUUAUGAUUGGCCUCACCAUUCAAGACUUGAAGAAUCAUUUUUCCAAUGAGCUACGAGUACCAUCUGACUUUAUUCACAUCAUACUCAAUGGUAAUGCUGUGGAAGAUCACCAGACCCUGAUGAGCCUUGGGGUACAGCCGCAUGCCACAGUCCAGUUCGAGAUGAGCUCAUUAGAUCCUGAAAAUUACCCCAUCAAGCCAGUUAAACCUCAGCAGGAAUGCAACAUGCCGGAUGUCAUUACUGUCAGAGUACAAACAGAUGCAGGUACCUAUCAGGAUGUGGUAGUUGAGAUUGAAAGAGCCACUCAAAAGAAACCUUUCUUGGGAGGAUAUCGCCACAAGGUCACUAAAACUGAGUACCAUCAUGCUGGAGUGCAGACAAUGGUCAGAAUGAGGCCUCAUAAAGGAGUGGAGACUUUCAGUAGAGACACACAGACAGUGUAUGUGAAGAGCCAGGCUCAGCAGUGCACCAUCACCACUUCAACUCAGAUGACUAAACCUGGGUGCUACAUAUCCAACAUGAAGGACAAACUCAUCACACCAGGAAUUUACGUCACUGUAGACGAAUACCACAGCAAGAGGCUUAACGCUGUAAUUAUUAUCCAGACACAUACCAGGCGCUGGCUGGCCAAACGACUGACCACCCAGCUGAGACUGGAUAAAGAGCUACAUAUGGCCUGGGUCGAGAGGCAAGAAAGAAGACAGAAAGAAGACAAGGAAGAGCAGAUUAGAGCAGAGUACCACAGGAGAAUGAACCCAGAGAAAAAAGAAGACUUUGCACUGCUUUAUAAUGCACUAGAAAUGUGGAGACAGGAAGAAGAGGAGAACAUUAAUGCCUCUCUGGGUGGAGCAGAAAGGAAAGCCGCUCUGUGCGCUCUUUUGGAGCAGGAGAUGCAGUUCAUUGCAUCUAUAGAACGCCACCGAUUAGCUGCAGGAGAGAGGAACCAGGAGAAGGCAGUGCAAGCGUUCCUCAACAAGUGCGCUGCCCCCAAGCGAUGGCAAGCGUCUGAUGGGAUAAUGACCCAGAUGGAUACGCCGCACACCAUUAGGGCCAGUGAGCUUCGUGAUCUCUAUUGUAGCAUCACCCUGAGCUAUCUGAGCCAGGAGGAGCGCCUUGAUGUGCUGCUUACACUCAAACAUACUGUCAAGGAACAUGACUGUAAGCUGACUCGAGAGAUUGUGGAGUUGAUUGACAGAGAGGCCGAUCUGCUGAUGAGAGGUGUGAAGGAGAGUAACCUAGAGGGGCUGAGGAAGAGGAUUGUCACUCUGUUCCUCCAGUACAUCAAAAACCCCACUUUCAACCCCCAGGUGUCCAAACUGCUGCCGGCACAACAAGACCCAGAGCAGCUAAGGAAGAAUGUCCAUUUUUGCCGUGGCUGCAGUAAAUUCCUGCCUCGCUCUGAGUUUUCUCUGACACUGAACGCACGCACGGUGGGUCUUUGCCGCCACUGCAAAGAGCUGGACAAUGAGGCUCGGCACAGGGAAGACUUCUCCUACUACAAAACCAUUCUCAAACGUCUGUGCAAGGAUGAAUCAGAAGUCAACCCAGACGCCAAGAUCCCUUACCUCCUACAGCAGCAGGAUCUGCGCUAUCUAGUGGAUGUGGUAUGGGGGGCUCAGUCUGCAUUGAGUGCGUGGAACAACCUGCAUGACCUGCUGAUGGUGCGCUGGGACAGGUAUUGCGAAUGGAGCCCCUGGAACUGCGUCCUGCUGACCAAGGACGAGGCAGCCGCUCACCUCAAAGUCGAAAACAUAGAGGAGACAUAUGGCACUGUGUUUAUCUGGAACAUGAAGCACAAGCAUGCUCUGGCCCGGAAAUACUUCUCCCAGAUCCCUGUGAUGGUGGAGUAUCUCCAUGAUGUGGACUCACAGCAUGUUGCCCACAACCACCUACUGGUCACCAAACCCAUCACUACAGCGCCCAAGCAGUCUCAUUAAGACACUAUCUACAAUGCCUACAGCUGUAUUUCAACCUCUUUAAUUUAUUUCAAGGGCAAUAAAGAAAGCAAUACACGUAGUUACAGACCUGUUUUACACUGAUGACUUUCCAUUGUACAUGUACUAGUUUAGUGGAAGUGACUCACUCUGAAUCAGAUUGUUAAAGACACUUAAACAUGGAAUAAUGUUUUUGAGAUCCAUUUUCAGUUUUCCCCAUAAAACCAUAUCAAUAAAGAUGUAUGCUUGUGAAUUCCACAUAAAGCGAAUAAAGCAGGGAACUAAUCGAAGCACAAAUCUAAAGUAUAGCAUUUUGAACCCAGGAAUUGUAUGCAAUUCUGCACCUACAGUAAACACAAGGUCCACAUCAAGCUGCUAAUUUGAUGUGAUGAAGGCUAAUUUGUUGUUACUUACAAAAGUAAUCUAAUGUACUAAUUAUGCCAGCAACUGAAAUAUAGUCACAGUUAUAAUUGGAAGAUGGAUGAUUCACAAUAUGCAAUUAUAGCUAAAAGGUCAAGAAUCUGUUCUUGUGUCUGAUUAAUUACACAAGAAAAAGUCAGAGUGAGGCGAUCAAUUUCCUCUCUGUUAUGGACUGAAGCUAUAAAACCCAUUUAUUUUGUGGCUUAAGAAAUCAUUUCAUGUUUGUAGCCUUGGUCUUAGAAAUUUGGUUUAGUAUUCACUGAAUUUAUUUAGGCUACAACGUUAAACUCAGAAAAUAAUCAAGUUUAGAGUUCUUAUUCUGUUUUAAAAGAGUAUGUAUUUAAAAAUAGCAAAGAAUCAGUGAAUGCUUCUCUCUGAACAUCACAGACUUGAGAGGUAAUUGAGAGGUUUCAGUCUUUUUAAUUUACACUCUGACUAAAUCUGAAAGGAUUCACUGAAACCCUGCCUCAGGAACAUUGACACCUCGAGAGUAGAUUCAUUUUAUUUUGUGGACUAUGGAGUUGCCACCAGUGCACCCUCAUUGUCAUUUUGCACGUCCACUGCAGUCACACGCUUAAUCCAGCCAGUUCAUUCCCAUCAUUUCUCAGAAUUCUUUACACUUGUUUGAGGAUGCAAGUAUACAAAGUUGUUUCAUUACAAGUCCCAUGAUCUGAAUGGUCAUUCCUCCUUAUGGUGUAACAAGUUUCCAUUAAUACACUUCCUCAUGCAAAUAAUCCCAGCUGUCAUGUAAAUGGACAAGUUGUUUUGUUUUUUUUAAAUGCUUCCAUGAUGUUACUAAAUUUGGCAACAGUGUCAUGUGAUAUGUUUGCCAUGUUUCCUAUUAAAGUCCAUGCAACCUUACGACAGCUUCCCGAUCCAGCCAUGAGAAUGAUUUCAAUACGUUCUUCUUUUGUCAAAGAUUUUCUUAAAGGUUAUACAAAAAACUGUGGAAGACAUUUUGUUAAAAAGUGUUACUUUUCCCUAUGUAUGGAGACUUUUGGGACACCCUGUAUAUAACAUUCAAUAACAUUAAAACCACCUGCCUAA